UAAGUUAGCUUUGGAGCUGGAGAGAAACACUUUCAUACCAGUGCUUUUGUCCAGCAAAGAUGCACAGAAUUUUGUUGCUGUACCUCUCGACAUUUCUUUUGUUGCUGUUGAUAUUCAUCAACUGUGGCUCAGAUGGGGCUCCUGUGACAGACAGCAGUAUAUUGGUGACCAGUGGCAGUGCUGAGAGAUAUGCCUGGGAGAAUCAAACUGGAACUGAAAAGUGGACUGGAGCUGAUGGUGGUAAUGUCACAAGUAACGGUAACAGAACCAGCACUGGAAAAAGCCACACAGGGCAUGAAACAGUAACCAGCACUGCUAGCAGUGUGCCAUAUGGCAAGGAGGAUCUGGAAGAGCCGGUGUCAAAAAAUGCCGAGAAAAGGCUGCAGCUGCCAAAAGGGAAGGUGCCGGCAAAGUCAGCCAUUGUUAAUUCAAAGAAAAAGGUGAAGAUCCCAAAAGUAAAGAAAGUAAAAAAGGUUCUGAAGAAGGUUAAGAGUUCAGAAGAGACACAGAUUCAGCAGCCACAAUGCCCUCCGCUGGGACUGGAGUCUCUCCGGGUAGAAGAUACCCAGCUGCGAGCUUCAAGCUAUCAACGGUUUGGACUGGGUGCCCACCGAGGACGCCUGAAUAUGCAGGCUGGGAUCCAUGAUGGAGAUUUCUAUGACGGAGCCUGGUGUGCUGCUGAGAAAAACAAAAAUCAGUGGUUUCAAGUGGAUGCAAGAAGGCUGACAAAGUUUACUGGUGUCAUUACUCAAGGAAGAAACUCCCUCUGGAGUGACGACUGGGUAAUAUCAUACAAGCUGCAGUUGAGUAAUGACACUCACAGGUGGGUCACCUGCAAGAAUGGAACAGAAGAAGUGAUCUUCAGUGCAAACAAGGACUUUGAGUCACCAGUGUUAAACAUUCUACCUACUCCAAUGGUGGCCCGUUACAUUCGUAUCAACCCACAGUCCUGGUUUGAAAAUGGAACUAUCUGCUUGAGGGCUGAAAUUCUGGGAUGCCCAUUGCCAGACCCCAACAGUAUCGUCAAUUUUCAGGAUGGAGCAGCAUCAACAGACGACUUUGAGUUCAAACAUCACAACUACAAGGCAAUGCGAAGGAUAAUGAAGGCCGUGAAUGAUGAAUGUCCCAAUAUCACCCGUGUCUACAGUAUUGGGAAGAGUUACCUAGGCCUGAAAAUGUAUGUAAUGGAGAUUUCUGACAAUCCUGGGCAACAUGAAGUUGGUGAGCCGGAGUUCCGCUAUGUGGCUGGCAUGCAUGGAAAUGAGGUGGUGGGCCGGGAAUUGCUACUUUUCCUCAUGCAGUACAUGUGUCGGGAGUAUAAGAAUGGGAAUCCACGUAUAGUCCGACUGGUAGAUGAAACACGGAUCCAUCUACUUCCAUCGAUGAAUCCUGAUGGCUAUGAGCAAGCCUACAAACUAGGAUCAGAAUUAUCUGGAUGGGCGAUUGGACGCUGGACGUAUGAAGGAUAUGACCUGAAUCACAAUUUUGCAGAUCUCAACACUCCACUUUGGGAUGCAGAAGAGAAUGAACUAGUUCCUCACAAGUAUCCGAACCAUUAUCUUCCCAUACCAGAGUAUUACACGUCUGAGAAUGCAUCGGUUGCCCCUGAAACUUGGGCAGUAAUAGAGUGGAUGCAAAAGAUACCGUUUGUGCUCAGUGCCAAUUUCCAUGGGGGAGAGCUGGUGGUCACUUACCCCUUCGACAUGGCUCAUGAUUGGAAGGCCAAAGAACAGACACCGACCCCUGAUGACUCAUUCUUCCGCUGGCUGGCCACUGUAUAUGCCACCACAAACAGGGUCAUGUCAAACCUUGACCGCAGGAUCUGUCACACGGAUAACUUCAUCAGACAUGGCAACAUCAUCAAUGGGGCAGACUGGCACACAGUGCCUGGCAGUAUGAAUGACUUCAGCUACCUGCAUACCAACUGCUUCGAGAUUACAGUGGAACUGUCAUGUGACAAGUUCCCCCAUGAGGUGGAGCUUCCCAUGGAGUGGGAGAACAAUAAGGAAUCACUCAUCGUCUACAUGGAGCAGGUGCAUCGAGGCAUCAAAGGGGUUGUGCGAGACAAGGAUACAGAAGAAGGCAUUCCUGAUGCUAUUAUUUCUGUAGAUGGUAUCAACCAUGAUGUCAGAUCAGCUGUUGAUGGAGAUUACUGGCGGUUGCUGAAUCCAGGCGAAUAUGAAGUCACAGUUAAAGCAGAAGGAUACAUCCCUGUAACUAAAAUGUGCCGUGUGAACUUUGAGGACCAGCCAACUAUCUGUGAUUUCAGAUUAUCUAAAACUCCCAAACAAAGGCUGCGGGAGAUCCUUGCCAGAGGUGAAAAAAUCCCCAAGGCCCUCAUCCUGCAGAUACGCAGACUGCGCUUACGGAAAAUGAGAGCCAGCAGGCAGAGUUAAAGUCUGCCAAUGACAUAAAUGGAGGGGAUCAGGUUCAGUUCCUGGAAGCUACCCUUGCACUCUUCAGCUGUGCUGUAGAUUAAGUAGUCCUUUUAAAACCAGUGCUGAGGUGUGUCAUCAAGGUGUUGCUAGCAGAACUGAUUUCUAAUCUCUUUUUUGUUGCUUUAAAUUCUUAACGUGUGAUUGCACUGGGCUGUUGUUCUCUCAUCCAGACCAGAUUCCAUCAAUAUAUUCCUUGUGUCACACUUCUUGUACAAUUACCACCUGUGAAAAUCUAAACAUAGACAGAAAACACUAAGAUGGUCUGCUUAUCAUGUGUUGUGGAAAUCUGUGAUGUUAUGGUGACAUACCUCUGUGAGUACCACCAGUACUAUUUUUGGCAUGUUGUCUGAAUGACUGAGGUAUUCCUUUUUAAAUCUUGCCACACAAAUCAAGAUUUAGUCUUGCAGAGUUUGCAGGAUCUGUUCCAUUUGUUAGAAUGGGUUACCUGCUGUAUGUUAAUCUCGUCUGAGAGCCAUAUGUGUAACAAGACAGGAACAAAAUAUAUAUUUUUAGCUUCUGUUCUCACAUUUGUGAUCUGUGAAAGUGCCCGUCAGAGAAUGGCAUCAUAAUUUGUGAUCUGUGAAAUUGCCAGUCAGAGAAUGACAUCAUACACUCCCAGUGGAAAUGGUAUGGGAACAGAAAUGUGUAUUUAUUUAAAGUCUUGUAGGAAACAAAAAUAAAAAGUCCAUUUGUGUUGUUGUGCUAUUUUUAUAAAGUACUUCAGCAUAUGACAUUGCUUCUUGACAUCAUUAAUGUAUUGCCACGUUUCUAUCAUUAGCAGAUAUGUCAAUAGAUUUGUGAGAUGAAGUCAGGGACACCAAAUACCAUUUACUCAAUAGACUCUUUAGGGGGUGAUAUUGCUCUCUGCUGACAACACAGGCCUUCUGGUAAUUCCAUAUUCUUUUACAUGCGAGUGUGUGUGUGUGCGCGUGUGGGGGGGUAUAUGGAAGAAAGACCUUGCAGUCUACUUCUGUUCUCAAUUAGCCUAGUAAACUCUGUGAAUGGUGGCAGCUGUUUAUAGGAGCUGGAUGUGGCUGGUAAGGAUGAAUACGUGGAGCUGUAUAUUUUACCAGUGGUACCUUGCUUACGUGAUAUGGGUAGUAGUGGUGUUUUAUUUAUUCAUUUUUUUUAUAAUAUGGUUGUGGCCAUUGACUUUUGAGGUAACCUUGUUUUCACCUAAGCUACUGCUUUCAGACUGUCUUCUUUUUUCUGCAACUGAAAUUAACUUUUUAAUACAUCCUUCCAUAACAGGUGACUAAGUUUCAUCUGCUUUACAGGACUGAUUGCUUUUGUUUUAGACUUGGAUGUAUUUACUUAUGGUACACUGACACUCUCUGUGCUUGUUUACAGCCUUAACAUUUACAAAUUUCAUUGAGACUGUUUACUACUGUGUUAUACUGCUUGCAGUAAAUCACGCUCACCUAUUUCACAGGGAGGUGCACGUAGCGUCAGUGACGCUUUGCAUUAUGGGAUAUGUGCUGUAGUGCUGUUCAUCUUCUGGACUUAAACUGUUUACAUGGGUUUUAAUGUGUGUUUCUGUUUUUCUCUCACAUCCAAAGACAUGCAGUUGUAUUACUUGGCACUAUUCAGAUUGCUGCUGUGGGUGUGCCUAUCACGGACAGGUGCCCCAUCCAAAAAUUGUUGCCUUCCUUAUGCCUGCUGCUUGUCAGAAUAGGGUCUAGUUAAGCCUCAUGGGGAUUCAGAAUGGGUGGAUAAAGGCAUGCAAAUCAUGCAACUGUAUUCAGAAAACUUUAGCUGUUUUGACCCUGUUUUGUAAUACUUCUGAUUGAGUGUUUCCUGUGUUUUGUAAUACUUCUGAUUGAGUGUUUCCUGCCUUGUAUCUGCCCAAAGACAUAGUUUAUUUUGUAUUUGCUUCUGCAGCCAGAAGAUCUGGACAGUUGCUUGUUUUUUUUACUUGCUGGGUAGUUUCCUACACCCUAUGAGUGAGGAUAUUACAUUCUCGACAACCAAGUUCUUGUUUCUGUUCCUGCACCAUUAAUACUGCCACUGAGAAAAUAUAAAAUGUAAAUAAUCUUACACUGAGACUUGAAAAAUUGGAGUGUACCUGCUUAUGUUCUUCCAUGAAUUCUCCCAUUUUCCAUAAAGUAAUUUUAUCAAAAAAGUAAUAAUGUUUUGAUGACUUAAAAUGACUCCUUUUAGGCUGUUUACAGUUGAAGUUAGUGCUGUUUCAAAAGUAAACAAAAGGCUGUCCGGAAAUUGUUUAACAUACAGUGGGUUGGAAAGGAUGGUUCUGGCAGUAUUCAUUUAGAAAUUAUACAGUCAGGUGUACAUUUUAUAUGCACCAGAGGUUACCUGCCUGCCAAGUACAUACAUGAGUAGAAAAAUGGUGAAGUACUAUAGAAUGAUUUAUUCUGCCUUUCUGGGGGCUGGAGGGAGCAUGACAGAGUCCCUAACUGAAUGACAGUCUCCUUUGUCCUCUCUGCUUUAAAGCCUACUAUGUACUGAGUCAUUAGAAAUGAGCACCCAUGUUAUACUGUCUAACUGCUCCUCCCAGUGAGUCGCUGUGAAAUAAUGACAGACAGAGAGGGCGAGAGAGAUGGGGGUGUACCAGCUACCCGGUUAGUAGUCAUGUACUUAGGCACACUCUAUGCAUUGAGAUGGGGGGGUGUAUCAGCUACCCCGUAAGUUGCCGUGUACCCAAGGCUACUCAAUGAAUUCAAAUGAGCACAUUUUUCUGACCUUGACUUUAGUGGAGACAAUGUACCUGCCUAUCAGAGUAAGCAAUCCAUAUGUGAUAAUAGUCACAUUUGUGUGAUAAUAGUCACAUUUGUGUGAUAAUAGUCAAAUUUAAGGUAAAACAAGUAUGAGCACCUCCCAAAACAACAGAUCUGUUCUUGUGGCGCUCAUGUAAGUGCCCUGCCAUAUUUAACAUCAUACUUUAAGAAGGUCAGAUAUUACCUCAGACUUCCUAAAUGAAUCCUGGUUGCUGCACUCGCUGCCCAUCAUCAGUUGCUGAUCAUGUUCCUUAACAGCUUACAUCCAGGCAGCCCCCCCUUUGACCAACCCUAAUUACAGCUCUGAAAUUCUAGGGUACUAUUAUGAGGUUCGGAUAUCUAUAAUAACUUUUCAUUAAUUAGUCAGAUCUGGUAACAUCUAAAGAUAAAGCUUUGACUAUGACCUUGGCAAUCUGUAUUUGAUUACUGCCCUAGGUGCCUGAUGGAGAUGGCAUGAAGCAUGAGAGCGAGAGAGAGAAAUGAAGGUGCUGUGUAUGCUUGCCUCUCAUGGGGCGGGAGUGUGUGCUUAUGGCACAUGUGCAGGAUAUGAUUUUCCAGUGGAAAAUGAGGAAGCUGCCUCUGUUGCCUAGAUGUCAGUGGAUGGGGAUUGCCUUGCUGGCUUAUGUCCUUUCUGGAGGCAAAAUAUCAAACCUAUUGUAGGUCCCACUUACAGAACUGAUAACAAACUAUGCAGGUUAAGGGGGACUAGGGUAGGGUGCUGCUAUGAACCUGAAAGCUAGUCCAGUCACCUUACUGGAGCCAGAGGGGGGAGUAAAUGGCCUAACUAGGAUCCUCGGACAACAACAGAUGGGUCACUUAACUCCUGCUUUGCUAGGAAUGUCUAGAUCUCCAUCCAACGCAUGAGCUGAUUGGGUGAAGUUAGGGGAACCUUCGGGAAGGUCCAAAUAAGAGUAAAAAAAAGAAUACUUUUCAUGGCUUGCCCAUUUAAGAACCUUUUGUUAUUUUCCUGUCCCUAAAUAUCAUACCAUAGUAUCAUAGCAUGUGCCUGUCCCUCUAACACUGUUAUUUGCUAAAUGCUUCAUACUAUAGUCCACGGUUUGAUUCCCUCACAUCUCCAUUCGCAUAUUGUUUGACUAAGAGUGGGUCACAUAACCAGGACGUGAUCCUGGAUCUUCCUUGAAAAGAGGUUCUGAGUUUGAUUUCCUUAUCUCCAUUUUCCUGCUAUGGAACUCUGAGGAUGUCAUUUAACCUGUCAGUGCACCUAGGUCACCCCUAAAAUAGGCUCUCACAUAUCAUGAAUUUGCCUAGUUAACAAAAACAAAUAGUACUAAAGUGAGGAAGGAACUGUUCCUAUUUAUUAAGAUUAUCAUUUAUUGACUUUUCCUUUGGUCACAUAGUUAUAAGAAUGCUUCUACUACUGUUAUAUUAGGAACCACAUUCCACAGAACAGUGCCGAUUACAUUAGGAACCACAUUCCACAGAACAGUGCCGAUUACAUUAAGAACCACAUUCCACAGAACAGUGCCGAUUACAUUAGGAACCACAUUCCAGAGAACAGUGCUGAUGUGGAAGGUACAGUUACAUUGUGUGAUCACACAGAUCAUUUACACAACAGAGAAACAGUUCUUAUCUUGUGUUUCCCAGUUUAUUGUCAAUUCAGCUAUACCACACUGUUUCCUGGUGAUGUAACCAGGUCUGUCAUGCACCAUACCAGACAGUUAACCAGCUCUACUGUGUUACAUAUCAGUCAUAUGACCAAUCAUUCCCUGCGUUAUACCAUUCUGCCAUGUUCCAUACCAGAGGAGUAACCAGCUCUGCCAUGCACCAUAUUGGUAAUGCCAGGGUUUUGCUGCUUAGGUGAUAAGUAAUAAUAAACACUGUGCUGAUUUGAAGCGUGUGUGUUAAAUUGUAAAAAGACAAAGUUCCACAAUGAUAAAGGGCACUAGCUAAAUGCAGUUUUGAAAUGUGACAGGCAUAUGCAUAACAGAAUGUGAGAAUAAUGUUCUUGCAGGCUGGGACUGUCCAGAACAUGUCUGUGUAGAGUUUAUGUCAUUAAUUGUAUCAUUUGUAGUGUGCAUAAUAAUGUCUUUUGUUUUCUUACAACACAUUGAACUGUUUAUUUCAUACCUUGUAGCAUAUAUAUAGAAAAAUGCUGGCAUUCUUACGUCCUUGCUAGUCAAGAGACACUUACUAUUCAUUAAUAAACUUUUGAAAUCCUAA